AUGAGUGCGGCGAAGGCGCGGGCCAAGGAGGGCCUCGACAAGGACCUCUUCACUCAAAUAAUAGCCCAAAAUAGCGAGUGUGGAGGCUUCUCGACGGUGCUCGCCGAUCUCCUGCACGAGCAAGCCCUCGACAAGAAGAGCGACCUCCUCGCUCCCUCCUACGCUCCCUACCGGCAAGGGCUGGCGCAAAAGCUGGUCGAGGGACCCAAGCUCAAGGCGUCUGCUGGUCACCGCUUCUCUGCCCUCGUUCAGCCAUGCGAAGAAUGGGAAGAGACGCUGAUGCUGGCGGUCCACUCCAAGGCCGGCGGGGUGCUCCUCAACCCGGGUCCGACCUACCCGGUCGCCGCCGCCGACGCCGCCAUCAUCGUUUGCGCCCGGGACAAGGUCACCGCCGCCGUCAAAGACAUCGAAAAGGGCAUCACCCUCCCCAUCAACUCUAAAGAUGAGUCGGGGCUGGGAACGGCGGGGAGCACGGGCUACGGAUUCCAUUCGCUGGCGGCGCCGGUGGCCCUGCGCGACGCGCGCAUCAGCGGCGUCGACGAGGUGUGCCCCGACGGCGGGCACGUGCUGCUGGGCGGCAACCUCGAAUCGUGCGGCAUUCUGCCCCAACUGGUCAAGAACCUCCGCCGAGACUACUUCCCCUGCCGCAAGAUAGUGCUGAUGGAGCCGACAGAGCCGAGCGAGGACGUGUGGCAAAGCAUCGCUGCCUUCCCCGACGUCUAUGUCCUUCUUGGCAACACGACAGAGGCGGCCGACUUGCGAAGGGCGGGUGCGGACAGGGCGCACAGCGUCAUCCUCCUCUCGCCCUGGAACGAAGAACAAAAGAAGAGCAAGAAGAGCAGGAAGGGCGACGCGGGGGUGGCGCCCUACACGUCGAUCAUGAAGGUGCAGCAGGUCCUCAAGGACGAACUCCGGUCCACCCGGGAGCACCAGACCAUCAAUCACCCGCUCCACGCCUCGUCGCUCAUGAUGACCUACGACCUCUUCGACUACUGGCUCGCCAAGGCCUUCGCGUCAAAGAAAGGCGUGCUGGGGGAGGUGGCCGAGCAGCUGGUCCGGGGCGUCGUCCAAUCGGUCCCCGCCGCCCGGCUGCAGGCCCUCGUUGCCGCCGCCGCCGCCGCCCAGUCGGCCCAGCAGUCGCCUACCACCGCCGGCCCCGGCCCCGACGCACCGGCCAAGCCGCUCACCUUCGGCGAGCUCGUCCGCUGGGCCGGCACCAAGGGCUUCCUCCCUCUCGGCUACUACCGCUGGACCGGCUCCGAGGAGGGCAGCUUCGUGCAUACGCACCCGGCGCGCGAGUGCGAGGUGGCGGACGGGGAUCGGAUCAUCCUCCUGUGGCCGCGCGGGGAGACGCCCGCCUCCCUGCCCCUCCCGUCGCCCGCCGAAGCCGACGACGACGACGCGGCCGACCGCGCGCGCGCCGACACCUCGUUCGACAUGGAUUACAUAUCACUGCCAAAGCUCAAUGGUGGGGACACCGUCGCACACGCACCACCGUACACGCCGACGCUGACGCCGACGCCGACGCCGACGUCAUCUUCGACUCUCGCCCGUCCACCGCCUCCGCUCGCCCUUCCGCCCUCUCUCGCGCCGCCGCCCGCUCCCCAGCGACCGCCGGCGGUCACCGUCGCCGACGACGCGCCGCCGCCUUCGCUGCCUCCCCGCGGCGACGACGACGACGACGGCCGAAGCGAAGACCGGCGGCUGCCGCCACCGCCGCCUGUCGCCACAUCGCCGCGAUCAGCCCCGUCGGCGGCGGCGGUCGAGGUGGUAUCGCUGGCCGGCUUCAGCCCGCGCUCGCCGCCGCCGCCACGUCGCCGCGCGUCGCCGUCCCGCCACGCCCCCACCCCCGGCGACUGCGCCGGCGCCGGCGGUGCCCAGGACACAGCCCGGACUGCAGAGACCGCCCGCGCUCCAGUUGCCGCCAUCGCUGGCUCCGCCGCCGGCGCUGCGGCCGCCGCCAGCGUUGGCUGCACGACCCACACGAGCGAUGGUGAUGGGUCGGCCGACGAGCGUCGCGCGAUUCCGGCGUUCGCGACGGUGCGACGGCCGACGACCAGCCGCAACCGGCGGCCGCUGACGUCGCUCCACCGCACCAUCUCCUCGUCAACCCUCUCCCGCCUCCAGCAGCAGCAACAGCAGGACGAGGCCGCCGCUACCGUUGCAUUGCAAACGCUGCCAUCACCUCGCGCCUCGGCCCCGCCGGCCUUCGUUUCGCUGCCGCCGUCGCCGUCGCCAUCGUCAUCGUCGCGCCCGCCAGUGUUCACGCCGCCGCCUCGAUUCACGCCCGCGCCGGCCCUGCCAGCGACCACGACGAAGCCGCUGACCCG